GAGAGUGUGUGUGCGUGCGUGUGUGCGUGUCUGGCCGCGCGUGUCCCAGCGCUGAGCGAGCGGGCGGGCGGCGAGAGCGUGUGAGUGGUGUGUGUGUGUGUGUGUGUGUGUGUGUGUGUGUGUGUGUGUGUGUGUGUGUGUGUGUACUUGUGUGCAAUUGUUACACGCUUUCGCCUCGCUCCAGCUUUUACCCCGGCAGCGUGAUUCCCCGGGUUCUCUGCGGGCGGCGAGAGCGUGUGAGUGGUGUGUGUGUGUGUGUGUGUGUGUGUGUGUGUGUGUGUGUGUACUUGUGUGCAAUUGUUACACGCUUUCGCCUCGCUCCAGCUUUUACCCCGGCAGCGUGAUUCCCCGGGUUCUCCUGCCGCCGCCGCUGCGCCUCUUUCGCCGCUACUCGCGCGGCUCCGGGCGGGCGCGGGCUGCGUAGGAGCCGCCGGCGUGGGGCCGCGCUGCCUAGACUAGCCCCGGCUGCUUGUUUUGUCUCUGAAAUUGACAAGGACGCAGGGAAUCCGCUGCUAAAUAAUGUUUCUGUACGAUGAGCUGCCCCAUUACGGCGGGAUGGACGGAGUAGGGGUUCCCGCUUCCAUGUACGGAGACCCUCACGCGCCGCGGCCGAUCCCCCCGGUUCACCACCUAAACCACGGGCCGCCGCUCCACGCCACGCAGCACUACGGCGCGCACGCCCCGCACCCCAAUGUCAUGCCAGCCAGCAUGGGAUCUGCUGUCAACGACGCCUUGAAAAGAGACAAGGACGCAAUCUAUGGGCACCCGUUGUUUCCUCUGUUAGCUCUGGUUUUUGAGAAGUGCGAGCUGGCGACCUGCACUCCCCGGGAACCCGGAGUGGCCGGCGGAGACGUCUGUUCCUCUGACUCCUUCAACGAGGACAUCGCGGUCUUCGCCAAGCAGGUUCGCGCCGAAAAGCCUCUUUUUUCCUCAAACCCAGAGCUGGAUAAUUUGAUGAUACAAGCAAUUCAAGUACUAAGGUUUCAUCUUCUGGAGUUAGAAAAGGUCCACGAACUAUGUGAUAACUUCUGCCACCGGUACAUUAGCUGUUUGAAGGGAAAAAUGCCCAUUGACCUCGUGAUUGAUGAGAGAGAUGGAAGCUCCAAGUCAGAUCAUGAAGAACUUUCAGGCUCCUCCACAAAUCUCGCCGACCACAACCCUUCAUCCUGGCGAGACCACGAUGACGCAACCUCAACGCACUCCGCAGGCACCCCAGGACCCUCCAGUGGGGGCCAUGCUUCCCAGAGUGGAGACAACAGCAGUGAGCAAGGCGCUUCGGAGACUGAGGCUGACCAUUUACUAUUGUGGAAGCCCAUGACUGAUCGCACAGGAUGCGUUUCAGUGCAAAUGUCAAGAGAAGAUAGAGAAGAAAGCAGAGAGGGAAAACACUCUCCACAACCACUUGAAAACAUCAUCAUUCCCUGUCAGCCGCCCUUUCGUGGGGAAAGCGAAGCUGGAGGCGAUGGGUUAGACAACAGCGUAGCUUCACCUGGCACAGGUGAUGACGACGAUCCAGACAAGGACAAAAAACGCCAGAAGAAAAGAGGCAUAUUCCCCAAAGUCGCGACAAAUAUCAUGAGAGCGUGGCUCUUCCAGCAUCUCACACACCCGUACCCUUCAGAAGAACAGAAGAAACAGUUAGCGCAAGACACGGGACUGACAAUUCUGCAAGUGAACAACUGGUUUAUCAAUGCCAGAAGAAGAAUAGUGCAGCCCAUGAUUGACCAGUCAAAUCGAGCAGGUUUUCUUCUUGAUCCUUCAGUGAGCCAAGGAGCAGCGUAUAGUCCAGAGGGUCAGCCCAUGGGGAGCUUUGUGUUGGAUGGUCAGCAACACAUGGGGAUCCGGCCUGCAGGACCCAUGAGUGGAAUGGGCAUGAAUAUGGGCAUGGAUGGGCAGUGGCACUAUAUGUAACCUUCGCCAUGUAAAGCAAUCUCAAGGCAAGGGGAAGUUUGCAGAGCAUGCCAGGGGACUACGUUUCUCAGGGUGGUCCAAUGGGAAUGGGUAUGGCCCAGCCAAGUUACACUCCUCCCCAGAUGACCCCACACCCUACUCAGUUAAGACAUGGACCCCCAAUGCAUUCAUAUUUGCCAAGCCAUCCCCACCACCCAGCCAUGGUGAUGCACGGAGGACCCCCUACCCACCCUGGAAUGACUAUGUCAGCACAGAGCCCCACAAUGUUAAAUUCUGUAGAUCCCAAUGUUGGCGGACAGGUUAUGGACAUUCAUGCCCAAUAGUAUAAGGGAACUCAAGGAAGAAGGAAACACACGCAAAAACUAUUUUAAGACUCUCUGAACUUUGACCAGAUGUGACACUUAAUAUGAAACUCCAGACAGCUGUGAUUAUUUUUUACUUUUUGUCAUUUUUCAUCAAGCAACAGAGGACCAAUGGGACAAGAACACAAAUGUGAAGCGACGGGCUCAUCGAGACAAUUUUGUCCAUGCAAAGAUCCUCUGGAGAAAGACUCCGAGAGUUAUAACUACUGUAGCAUAAACAUAGGGACUAAGUUAAACUUGUACAUUUCUGUUGAUCACUCCGUUAUGUUGCCUCAAAUAGUUUUAGAAGAGAAAAAAAAAAUAUAUCCUUGUUUUCCACACUAUGUGUGUUGUUCCCAAAAGAAUGACUGUCUUGGUUCAUCAGUGAAUUCACUAUCCAGAAGAGACUGUGGUAUAUUUUAAACCUGUUGGGCCAAUGAGAAAAGAACCAUGCUGCGGAGCGAGAUGGACACUUGUCUGAACCUCAUCACUAACUCCAGCGGCUAGAAUGUGUUUUCAUGCCCGGCCUUUGUUCCCCCCGUCCAUGUGUCCUUUAGUUUCAAACAGAUCUUUAUAGUUUGUGCUUCAUAAGCCAAUUCUUAUUAUGAUUUUGGGGGACUGUUCUUCAAAGAGCUUGCCAGUGAAGAUCUAGAGACAGAGCGAAGGCUUCUUCAAGUUCUGAGCCUUGGCUGUGGACAAAACAAUCUUAAGUUGGGCAGCUUUCCUCAACGCACAUACACACACACACACACACAAGUUAUUCAUGGUCGUUGCACCAUAAGUAGGAUUCUAUCAGGAACUCAAAGCUUGGGGGAUAAAAAGGAGCAAGAGAAUACUGUAACAAACUUCGUACAGAGUUCGGUCUUUUAAUUGUUUCAUGUUAGAUAUUCUAUGUGUUUACCUCAAUUGAAAAAAAAAAAAAGAAUGUUUUUGCUAGUAUCAGAUCUGCUGUGGAAUUGGUAUUGUAUGUCCAUGGGGUCCUCUUUUCUCAGCACGUGUUCCUCACUAGAAGAAAAUGCUGUUACCUUUAAGCUUUGUCAAAUUUACAUUAAAAUACUUGUAUGAGGACUGUGACGUUAUGUUAAAAAAAAAGGUGUUAAGUCACAAAAUGCGGUAAUAAAUAUUUCAUUUUUGAUUUUUUGUUAGGCUUUGGUGUUUUUUAAUGGUUUGAAGGUUGCAGGAGGCCAGCUCCUGGGCACUGAUGAAAGUACCUGAUGGUCUCCCACCACCCCCCCCCCCAAGGAAGUUGAGCAUAUUUAAGAUGUAACUUAGCAGCAUCUGUAGCUUUUCAUUGUGUGUUUGGACUCUUAGGUUUCAUCAACAGAAAACUUCCAAAGGUAUGAAAUUACUUGUGUUAUAUCCAGCUUGAGAGAUCACCUUCAAAAGGCCCAGCCUAUCUUAUUAUAGCUGCAUGAUGUUUUUAAAAGCAGUUGCAGAUUAAACUUUUGCCUAUGUACCCACCAGUAGAAUAAAGGGUUUAUUCCAUGUUAAUUUUAUAUCAUAAGAAGUUAUGUGUGUGCUCAAACAUGAUUUAUCUGUACUCUAUCUUACUCAAAUACUGUUGACUCUGUACAUUAAAGCUCAUAUAUGAUGUCUAUAGAUAAGUAAACACUUUCUAUGGAGUUGGGAAUUCUAAGCUUAAAAGAGUGCUUAAGCAUUAAUAUUUAGUACAAAUAAUACAGUGGUAUCUUUCUAAUAAGGUUGCUUUCUCCAUGUGCAGGGAUGCAAGUAUGAUAGUCUGGUGCCUCAAAAAUUUUUUUUUCAUAAAAAAAAAGAAAAGAAAAAAAAAAGAGAUACUUUGAUAGCAUUUUCAAAGCUUUACUUGGUAAUCUAGAGCCACAAGCUUGUUGAUGUUGCAGUGUCUACUAAAGUGUGCAAAAUGUAGCCGCUUAAGAUAGCUGCACACUCAAAGAGUUUCCAAAUAAACACACAGCUGAGGCUUUCCUAACUCCUAAAUGUUGACGCCUCCAUCUAAAGGGGAGGAUAAAUAGGAGAUGGAGAGAUGAUUUGAUUUGGUAGGGAAGAGCUCACUAGUCAUACAAACUUCCACUUGGAAGCACUCCAUAGUGGCCUCUCAGGCAAACCCUUCCCUGUUUCCUUGUUAGGCAGCCUUAAUGGAAGCACUACAUAUGAAUGAGCAAGGAUAUAAAUUGCUAUUGUUUUCUUUUAUAUUGUUAAGUAAAAUUUUUAUAAGUGCAUUUAUCACUUUAAUUAGUGCACUGCUCUUUAAACCUAGAAAUAGCAGUGUUUGACACAAACACACUGAUCUUGUAAAAUACAUAGAGCCUCCCUCCCUCUCAUUAUCCCUGUUCCAUGCUACAUGGAAUCUUUCUGUAAAAUUUAAAUAUUUGCAUAUGUUUGCUUUAAAUGCUCUGAUGUAAACUCUGACAAGUUCCUCAUUUAUAAACUUACUCUCAUAUCAGUUGAAAGGGGAAAAAUUAUAUUGGCAGCUUUUCUCUCAUUGCUCUCCAUAAGGUAAUUGCUGAAGGGUUUCCUUGGUCACAAGCUCACGUUUAUAAAAAGUAUUUUAUGGAGUUAUUACUCCAGGAAGGGUACAGCCAGAGUGGUUGAGCCUUCGUUUGAAUUCACAGACUCAUCGUGAGCUUAGUAUCUUGGCCAAUCUGUAUCCUAUCAUGCUAAUUUUAACCUUAGAUAUUUGGAGAUGAGUGAUAAUUGUGGUAAUAUCUAUGUAUUUUCUUACCCCACCCCCACCCCAUUCUAUGACAGAGGGAUGAUGAAUUUAUCCAGUUUUUAUAGUGCUUUUUAUACCACCUCAGAAGGCGCUUGCUCCUAUCUCGGGUUUACUAUUUAGUAUAAAGAGUUCCGAUUUGGGUAUAUUUAAGAAAGACUCAGCUGUCAAACGCAAAGAAACUGGGAAUGGUGUUUUGACAACCAUAUAGUGUUAAAGGAAAUACUGUAGUCUGAAUAAAAUUGCUUAUGUUCUC